CGCACUCGAGUCUGCUUUUGAGGGAGCUGCUGUAGUUCAGGUCACGUUAGAAACGACUUUAAAACUACUCAUUUUAAUGUUGACUCAGUCUGUUGUCAGUCGUAGCUCGGGUGAAUGGCGCAUGUUGUGUUCAAUGAAGCGUUUACAAAGUAGAGUGCGACCGAAGUAACGCUGAGUGACAACUUUACUCCGACUUCGCAUCAAAACAAAGGAGGAGAACUGAACCCAGAAGUGGGCCUCUGUGUCCGGGACAUGGGCUUGGCUCUGUUGUGGGUGACAGCGUGCUGAGGAGAAGGCCUGAAGUGGUGCACAGUUAAGGCAACUAAAGAGGAAUUCUUGUUUUUGAGCCGGUCAUCAGUCUUCUUCAGCCAUGUGUUCUACAAAUCACUCAAACUGGGUCACAUUUGAAGAUGAUAACGCGCCACUCCCAUCACCUCAGAAGCCCUUACAGUCACCAGGGCUUAUCAAAGCAUCAGUACCACGUCCCAAUGGUCUGAAAUUAGUGCUUCCUCCGAUCAGGGAUACUUCCUGGAGCUUCAAUAGUUCAUUGGAAUCCCCUCAAAGCAGCUCAAGUCUCAGUGGCAGUUCCUGUGCACCAUGUAACAUUCCGUUUUGCACUCCUGUGAGUGGGGUUCCUAGCAGUGCAUCCCCAUUUCACUCCAACACGUGGCAAAAGAACGACUUCUUCCAAGGUUUGUCCAGCACAUCUACCACCUCUGUUCCCUCUCCUGCAAUAGAAGCACUGAAUCAGACCUCAGAUGGAUCAAGCCCUUUUCCUUCUUUCCGGGGGAGCUCAGGACACUAUAACCCCUUCUGGGAUGGAUCUAGACACAGCGCAGAUGUGGACAGCUCCUCCUCAGACUCAGAAUCUGACAACAGCCUACCACGUUUCUUUAUUCGCACCAAAGACGGCAGUGAGCCUCCACGCGACCAUCUCCAGAGCUCUUUGUCCUAUGUUUGCCACAAACUAGAAGAUCUGCAAACAGAGCCGGAUAACAAAACACAGACAGAAAAAGAUGCAGAGAGAAGCCUACGUUGCAAAAAUGAAGUGUUAAGCGAGGGUUCCUCUCAUUUCGUUCCGCGUGGUCUGUUUCGGAGUCAGAAGAGAGACGGCUGGUCUGUCAUGGUCAGGAUUCCUGAAAAAAAGAACCGCAUGUCCUCUCGACAGUGGGGGCCAAUCUAUCUCCGCUUGUUGCCAGGAGGUGUGCUGCAGAUGUACUACGAGAAAGGGCUGGAGAAGCCGUACAAGGAGUUCCAGCUUCUCCCUCAGUGUAGGAUCUCGGAUCUUAAGCUGGAAAGCUACAGCGAACAGCGCAAAGUUCUCACGCUCAAGGUGGAACAUUUCUCGUACACUGAAAAGAAACGCUACCACCCUAAGUUGGAGAUUACUCAUGAGGCGGAGGUAGAGCAGCUGCUCAAGUUUGGCUCCACAGUGCAUGACGACAUGGAGGACCUGGUAGUCUCCAUGGAAGAAGAAAUCUUCAAACUGUCUGUGCCCCAUCAGCAGAGGCGGCACUAUGAGGAGCAGGAGCUCUCGUUGCAGAUCACUGAUAACAUCUGGGUACAACUGGAUAAGUGUGGAAGAGUCAUGGAACGAACAGCCUUCACCCAGAUUCACUGUCUGGCUUUUCUGAACGGACUAGGGGAUUGUUUUCUUGCGCUUAACGACAUUGUGUUGCUGCGCCUGAAUUCCAGUUACGGGUCUGCGGAGGGAAGUGAACUCUGGAUGGAGAUUGCCGACUGCUGUUUUCACAAAUGUGUGAAUGAGACUGAGUUUCACAGGUCCCGGCUGAUUAAGUUCGCUCCUCCUGAGGCCUGCAGGGUGGAGCUGAUGCGGUACAAGACAGCGAUUUUGGGCUGCACAGAAAUUCCCUUCUCAAUCAAAGCUGUGGUCACAGUACAAGGUGCCUAUGUGGAGCUCCAGGCCUUUCUUAACAUGUCAGCCACAUUCCUUUCAUCUAUGAUGGUGUCGGACACUUAUCCGCUGUGUGAGAAUGUAAUGAUCCGCGUGCCGGUGCCAGGCGACUGGGUCAAAGUGACACAGACGGUGGCCUUACUGCGACAGAGAUCACUGAAGGCCCGUAUGAACAGAAAUGCCUGUUUGGGCACUGUCAGCACUGCAGAUUCACAGCCUGUCAUGCAGGUGACAAUUGGCACUGUCAAAUAUGAGAAUGUCUAUUCAGCCAUCGUGUGGAGGAUUGACAGGCUGCCUGCAAAAAAUACGGCAGUGGAUCAUCCCCAUUCAUUUUCAUGCAAGCUAGAGCUGGGAUCCGAUCAGGAGAUCCCAAGUGACUGGUACCCUUUUGUCACGGUAGAAUGUGAAAUUAUGGGUGCAGUUGUGUCACAGACCAGGGUGAAGUCACUUGGCACAACGAACGACAUCCAGCCGCAGAAAAAUGUGACCAGUUGGACACGCUAUCAUUGUCAGGUGGAGGUGGAGAAGAAAUGGAUUGAAACAGAGUCACAGAGGCAGUCUGCCUGCAUGACGCAGUGAUCAUCGAAGAAGCUCUGAAGAGGGCAUUAUGCCUUUGAUCCAAGAUAUUUGCCAAAAUCUUCCUAAUGAAAAAUGAAAA